GAUCCAGUACGGAAAUGUGUUUCGUAGUUCCGUGUUGCACAUGUCGUGUUGGGUUAGAUUAACUUCACAACUAUAGCAAUGCUGUAAAACAAGUAUUGUUGUUUAUCUGUAUUAGUCACACCCAACAGCAAAACCCUUAGUAAGUACCGGACACGCAACUACCAAAACGAAGAGGAACAGAGUAGCUAGCUCAUUCUCUUUAUGAGCUGAUGUGCUUCUCCGAUAAGGUCACGGCGAACAGGAAGUACUUUACCUGAAAAUUAGCACAUCUGGAUGUGAAUAGAUCAUCUAAGUCAUGGCUCAAAGGGAGCUGAAGGAAGCUUUUAUCAGUAAUCUCACCGGGACCAGUCUGGGAGAGGUGGCCCUGGGAUCAUUCCUCACCCCAGUAUGCCUCAUCAUCAGAGGGCUCAUCUUGAUGAUACACUAUCAGGCCAAAGGGACUCUGCCGCUGCCGCUUCCACUGAUUUCUCAUCUGUUUCUUGAUCUCUUUCUGCUCAUUUUCCCCCUUGUCCUGUCAUGUACCGUGCUGAGCAGCAUUCUUCACCUAGUCAUAAUUACCUUAUAUAUUAUUUCAACGUGUCUAUUUUGGUGUAUUUAUCGUAGCAGCAGUCAUUCGCCUGCUCAGCACCUACAGAAGACUGUCAGCACUUUCCUGCAGAGUCACGUCCAGUUCAACCAGAUUCCCUUCGUGACUCUCUUCAGAGUAUUUGUUAAUGUGAAAACGACCAUCAGCAUUCUUGCCGUAGACUUUAUUAUCUUUCCAAGACGAUAUGCUAAAACAGAAACCUACGGGACAGGGGUUAUGGACUUUGGAGUUGGAGCAUUUGUCUUUGCAAAUGCUCUUGUAUGUCCAGAGGCCCGAGGGAAGGGGAUCUCUGGAUCCAAGAUGCGUCACAUUACAAAGCAGAUCCAGUCUGUCUGGCCCCUGCUUGCUCUUGGCAUGGCAAGGCUGCUGAGUGUUAAAAUGACUGGUUAUCACGAGCAUGUGACAGAAUACGGGGUCCACUGGAAUUUCUUCUUCACACUUGCUAUUGUCAGAGUUGUGGUGUCCAUGCUCCUGGUGGUUCUACCUACUAGACAUUUGUGGGUCUUUUCCCUCCUGAUCAGUGGAUUGUAUCAGUUCAUUCUGGAGACAACAGAGCUGAAGACUUUCAUUAUCCACAACAGCGACAGAGAAAAGGACUUUCUGCAUGCUAACAAGGAGGGUAUAUUCUCCAUAGCAGGUUAUGUAGCCAUCUAUCUAGCGGGAGUUCAGAUUGGACUCUAUGUGAUGCAACCAAGAUCUCAAGUUCGAGAGUGGCUCAGGAUGCUUUUUCACCUCUUACUGGGUAGUGUUGUGCUGUAUGCUGCUUUGUGCACAUGUCAGACCUUUGUAGAGCCAGUCUCUCGCCGAUCAGCUAAUUUGUCCUUUGUGCUCUGGAUUGUCGCUCAGUCUAUGUUUUUUAUGUCCUGUCUUUGUGUGGCUGAUAUGAUUUUGCUGUUCUCGAAACGAACAUCUGGUUGUCCCUUUGUACCUACAUCACUGAACGUGUAUAAAAAAGACGCAGACUCCAACCCUGCUGAUGAGAAAAAGAGAGGUGAAAUUGAAAGUCUGUGCAUCGUUCAAGCCAUCAGCAGGAAUCAGUUGUUGUUUUUUUUGCUUGCAAAUGUUCUGACGGGAUUGACCAACGCUGUUGUGGACACACUGACUUGUAGUAGUUCAUUUUCAGUGUUUGUUUUGCUCCUCUACAUGUUCAUGAAUUGCUUUGUAAUAUAUGUUUUGCAUGUUUGUGGAAUCACAUUAAAAUUCUGGUGAAUUUGCAUAUGUAUGAUGCUUUCAAUUUCUGUUUAGUUUUAUGUAAAUUUCAUUUGAAGAUUUUAUUAUUUUAUGAUGUACUUGUGU